UCAUUGAUCAAUCAUUUACAUUUCAGAGUUGCGUAUUGUUAAAAUUAUAAAAUGAUCCAAACAGAUCAAAAUAAGCUAAAAUUUAACGCAGGCGCUGUAUUUUAAGUUGAAAAUAAGUCAAGUUUCUAGCAAAGGAGUGGAAGAUCGAGCAGAUCAGCUGUCUGUCUCUGUGAGGUUGCAAAUUCUAAAAAUGUUUGCUUCUGUUCCUAGGUCCUUUAUAACAGGGGCGAUAAGGUCACCUGGAAAGAAAGCCCUACUUCUGGAAGCUUCAAAAACUCUUAGCAGCGAAGAGUCAAAAAAGGAAAUUCAUGAAGUCAGUGGAGACGUCAUAUGCCCUUCACAAGUUAUGGGUAUCGAUCAUCUUAGAGAUCCCAGACUUAAUAAGGGGUUAGCAUUCACAUUGGAAGAGCGUCAGGCUUUGGGUAUUCAUGGCCUCCAACCGGCCCGUUUCAAAACGCAAGAGGAGCAGCUGGAACUUUGCAGGAUAUCCAUUGAUCGAUACCAAGAAGACCUGAACAAGUAUCUGUACCUGACAGAACUACACGAUCGAAAUGAAAAAUUAUUUUUCCGACUAUUGACGGAAAAUAUCGAAGCUCUUAUGCCAAUAGUGUACACACCAACUGUAGGAUUGGCUUGUCAAAAGUUUGGACUGAUCUAUAGAAGACCCAGGGGACUAUUUAUCACCAUUAAUGAUAUAGGACAUGUUUUUGAAGUCCUUAGAAACUGGCCGGAACCAAACGUGAGAGCCAUUGUAGUAACAGAUGGUGAACGUAUUCUGGGGCUUGGUGAUUUAGGGGCAUGUGGCAUGGGUAUUCCUGUAGGAAAAUUGGCUCUCUAUACUGCAUUAGCUGGUAUUAAACCACACGAAUGUCUUCCUAUUGUCUUAGAUGUCGGCACUAAUAAUCAGAAUUUGCUGGAGGAUCCAUUAUAUGUCGGUUUGCGACAGAAAAGGGUGACUGGCAAACUCUAUGAUGAUUUUGUCGAUGAAUUCAUGGAAGCCGUAGUGAGACGCUAUGGUCAAAAUACGUUAAUUCAGUUUGAAGAUUUUGCCAACCACAAUGCCUUCAGAUUGUUGAAAAAAUACCGAGAUUAUUACUGUACCUUCAACGAUGAUAUUCAAGGAACUGCAAGUGUAGCUGUUUCUGGUCUUAUGGCGUGUAAAAGAAUAACAGGAAAGAAAUUCUCUGAAAACACUUUCUGUUUCUUAGGAGCUGGUGGUGCCGCUUUAGGCAUUGCUGAUUUGAUAGUACGAGCAAUGGUGCUUGAAGGUAGUUCAAUUGAGGAUGCAAGGAGUAAAAUAUGGAUGAUGGAUAUUGAUGGCCUCCUCGCUAAAGAGCGAAUCGAAGGAAAUCUUGACGGCCAUAAGAAGUAUUAUGCAAAGGAUCAUCCACCUACAAAGGAUUUUGCUGGUUUAGUUAAUGAAAUCAGACCGUCAGUACUAAUAGGAGCAUCUGCUACCGGAGGUGCUUUUACUCAAGAUAUUUUGACUGCCAUGGGAACUUUUAAUGACAGGCCUGUUAUUUUUGCUUUGAGUAAUCCAACAGCUAAAGCAGAGUGUACUGCUGAACAAGCCUAUACUUUCACAGAGGGACGUUGUAUAUUUGCAAGUGGAUCUCCGUUUGCGCCAGUAAAAAUCGGCAAUACCCUGUUCAAACCCGGCCAGGGAAAUAAUGCGUAUAUUUUCCCAGGUGUGGCUUUGGGUAUUUUAACAUCUGGAAUUCACCAUAUUAGUGAAGACGUAUUCCUAAUCGCUGCGGAAACUGUAGCCGAAAAUGUAUCUGAAGACGAUUUAUCCAAAGGAAGAAUUUACCCGCCACUAAGGACGAUCAGAGAAGUUUCGGUUCAAAUAGCGAUCAAGAUUAUCGAAUAUGCGUAUAAAGAAAGAAUUGCAACUGUGUAUCCAAAACCAGAAGAUCUGCGACGAUAUGUAGAGGAAAGACAAUACAACCACAAUUACGAACCCUCACUGCCCCAAUUAUGGCAAUGGCCUAAAGGACCCUACAUCAAAACAAGACCCAUGGAGCCAGCUAAGUUAACUCACAAAUAACUCGUUUCAUCUCAUUAGCCCGUCAUUAGAUUUUCAGAUAAAAUAUAUUUAUUUCCAUAAAUAUUAUUCAUUUAAAUUAUUAAUGUAACUUUCUCUAAUAAUUUUUAAAAGUAUUAAAUUUAGCCAGUAACUGGCUUAGGAAAAUGUACUUAUUUUUCUCUGAUGUAUUAAAUAAAGUAUUUAUGUUUUAACUAAGAAUUUUUAGGAUAAUAUGUGACAUGUAUAUUGAAAAAAUGUUAUUAAAAAACCUACGUGUCUGUUA